AUGAUGAUGGUGGCAUUUCUUCUCUGGAUUAUCUUAGCUAGAGGCAUUGCAGUCCCUUGCAACCCAAAUAAAGCAGAUGUAAUUUUGGUGUAUUGUUAUCCUAAAACCAUAAUUGCAAAAAUUCCUGAAUGUCCUUAUGGAUGGGAAGUUAAUCAACUGGCUCUCGGCGGGAUUUGCUACAAUGGAGUUCAUGAUUCGGGGUAUUACCAGUUUACAAUUCCAGAUUUGUCACCAAAAAAUAAAUCUUACUGUGGAACUCAAUCAGAAUUUAAAAGCCCCUUCUAUCAUUUCUAUAACUUCAUCGUCUCCAAUGACAGUUCUGUGAUUGUGAAGAACCAGCCCGUGAACUACUCCUUCACAUGCACGUACCAUGCAAACUAUCUGGUGAACCAUGCUGCCUUUGACCAAAGGGUGGCAACGGUGCAUGUGAAGAAUGGCAGCUCCGGUUCCUUUGAAAGCCAAUUGUCCCUCAACUUCUACUCUAAUGCCAAGUUUUCAAGCAAGAAGGAAGCCCCCUUCACAGUUGAAACUUCAGAAAUUGGUUCUGAUGUAUUUGCUGGAGUAGAAGCAAAGGGUUUAAGUAGCAGAUUUAAAGUAGUGCUGACCAACUGUUGGGCAACUCCCUCAUCAGAAUAUUUCUAUCAAAUUCAGUGGCCUCUGAUCUCGAAGGGGUGUGCAACAGACAAUUCUAUCUUGGUACAUGAAAAUGGCAAAGAUAGCCGAGCCACCUUCCAGUUUAAUGCAUUCCGGUUCCAGAAUAUCCCCAAGCUUUCCAAGGUGUGGCUGCACUGUGAGACCCAUGUCUGCGACAGUGAGAAGUUCUCAUGCCCUGUGACAUGUGCAAAACGGAAACAACGAAUUGAACAAAGAACUGGUGUUUUGAUGGCUGAACUCACUGUGAACAGUAAAGGGUUAUCCAAACAUUACAACUUUCCAGGUAAAACUUAA